AUGCGAAGUCUCAAGUGCUCAUCCUUCCUCUGGCCCCGACGUGCAUUGUUCCUUGAUCCUUUUUCACACCGUUCAACAUGGCUUCGGUAUCAUUCUACCGCACCUCAGCUGGACUCUAAAGGACGAGUGGUCUACUAUGAGGCUCCAGAGUCAUUCCGCGGGACAGACCUGCGCAUUCCAUUCUCAUAUCUCUUGCCGGACAAGCGCAUCGUAACCGGGCUGCAAGCGGCCUUCCCGUCGGUUGAGUUUGCUACAUAUGUGCAGGAACAGAUCAUUAUGGCAAUUAAUCGCGAUUGGAACGCAUUUGUGAAAGACCACACGGGUACCGGCAAGUCUUUCGGCCUCCUGCUUGCACUUCUCUCCAAAGAACGCAAGCACCCUGAAAAACCUGCUAUAACGUCGCUUAUGAUCGUUCCUCAUCGAGACCUGGCCUACCAACUUCUCAACUGGGCAGAAAGGAUACAUUCUCAUGCCCCGAAAAUGGGGACAUUCGAUUCAUGUGCGCAGGUCGUCGUACGAGAUGCAGAUAUCCCGCCGGAGGAGCAAAUUUCACGCCUCAAGAAUAACCCUCCCCACGUCCUUUUUGGAACUCCAAAAGGCCUCCUGGAGAUUGUCACGAAGGACCCCACAGCAAUCAAGUUAAACCAGCUAUCCACCAUUGUGGUGGAUGAGGUUGACUCUCUCAUAGAAACCCCUCCUCGCCAUGCGGAUAAGUAUCUACUCCUUAAACUUGAGCGGAAGAUGAAGAGUCAUCCUACUGCGACGUCCCAAAUACUCGACCAGAUCUACGAACCAAAACGACGACCAUUGAACGCAAAGAAAUCCAAAGCCUUUGGGAAGGAGAAACAAUCACACGAGGGCGAGUCCGAUUUUACCGCGCGCCCACAGUUGAUAAUGUCGAGCGCGACGUUCCAUCUCAACGACAUGUUUUGGGCUCGCGUUCAAAGCGGGUGGUUCCCGCGGAAAAAUGACAGAAGGCUGAUUAAGAUUUCGGGUGACAAGUUGCAAGAAUUGGCACUGGCCAUCAAACCCUCUCUCAAGACGUCCGCUAGCGACACCAGUGGCCCAAGGAUUGAGCAUCACGCCUUGGUCGUUUCUCCACAUGGAACAAUAACCAACCAUCCAGCCGCCCGAGAAUCUCAAAAGGCAGAUCUUGCGGUGUCUGAUGCUGAGGCCGGCCUGGAUCUUAAGCGUGGUGGGAAACCACCCAGACGCGAAACAAACGAUACUUUAGAUCUCGAAGUCUUCGAAAGGCUGCAAAAUGAACCACUUGCGCUCCAGCCCCAUGUUCUCGAGGCCGUCAGCGAAGUUUUCGCUUUGGAAGUACCUCGUCUGGCUCUUUUGGUCUUGCAGAGUCAAGCCCCAGUGCAAAGAGUGGUGCAUGAGUUGCGCGGGCUCGGAGUGGAUGCCCACAGCCUGGACAUUCAUGCAAGGGGGAUAGGAGCAGCGUUUGUGUCAGAAUCUGCUCCUGAUUCAAAUGAGACUCUGGAUUCGCCAACUCUACUCGUUGCCACUCACGAGACCAUUCGAGGAGUGGACUUUCCAGGGCUUACGCAUGUCUUCAUCGUCGACUUGCCAGAAGACGAUCCCUUGGAUAUGUUUAUGCACGCAGCUGGUCGAGUCGGACGAUUCGGACGCAGGGGCAAAGUCGUCACAUUCGUGCACGAACGGUACCAAGUCAGGAAGCCAAAGAAGGCGAUCUCGUGGAAGGACCAGCCGCUUAAAUUGAAGUCUCUCUUCGGACGGGUGGGCAUUAGACCGAUCAAGCUCGAGCACUUCCCGUGA